UGAAGAAUGUUGCACGUUGUGUGUGUGAAACAGAAUAGUUUUUGUCUUUGAAAUGUCUCAAAAGUCCCAAAAAUUUGUUUCAAAACUAAGCAUUAAGUCGAAUACAAAGUGGUUCAAUCAACAACCCAAGAUCAAAAAUGUAGCAAAUGAAACUCAACCACCAGAAUUAGUUGCUGCAUUGAUUGCUGAAGCUAAGAAUGUGCUGGAAUCUGAAACAAAAUUAUAUCACAGAUUGCAAGAAAAUAGGCGAGACAAAGACUUUGCAUGGAUCAAACGAAUUCUUCAGUCUGGUACCUUGUCAGAUAAAAUUUCAGCUCACACAAUUUUAAUACAAGAUUGUCCAGUAUACAAUAUCAGUAGUGUUGAAGCACUGAUCAAUAUGGUUAACACAAAGGGGAAAAGAGAAUGCCUUAUGGCUAUGGAUGCAUUGCAAGACCUAUUUAUUGGUGAAGUUUUAGCUGAAGAUCGCAAAAUGAAAUUUUUUCAUCAGCAACCUUUUAAAGAGUUGGAUUCAGUUGCAAAAGAAUCUCCUGCUGUCCGGAAACUUAUACUUAUUUUGUGGGUUUUUGAAAAUGAAAUUAAAAAUUUGUACAGUAAAUUUGUGAAUAAUCUAAAAGCUGUAGGACAUGACACAGUUGAGAAAACUAAGCAAAAAGCAGUAACUGUUAUGUGCAAUUUAUUAAAAGAAAAUCCAGAGCAAGAACAGUUUCUUCUCGAACAAGUGGUAAAUAAAAUUGGAGAUCCAGUGGGGAAAAUUGGAUCUCAUGCUUGCUAUGUAUUAGGACAACUUUUAAUUCAGCAUCCUGACAUGAAAACAGUUGUCGUUCAAGAAGUGGAAAGAUUUAUUUUUAGAUCUAACUUGUCUGAAAAAGCAAAGUACUAUUCUCUCUGCUUCUUGAACCAGAUAAUUUUGAAUCAUGAAGAGUAUCAACUGGCAAAUCAUUUAAUCAUGAUUUAUUUCUCACAAUUCAAACUUUUUGUUAGAAAAGGUGAAGUUGAUACCAAGAUGAUGAGUGCUUUAUUAACAGGUGUAGCAAGAGCAUAUCCAUUUGCUAAGUUAAAGGAUAAUGUUAUCAUGAAUCAGUUGGAUGCUAUGUAUCGUCUUGUUCAUAUGGUUAGCUUCAAUACCAGCAUUCAAGCUAUGAUGCUAAUUUUUCAAGUUUUGGACUCGAAAGAUAAUCUAUCAGAUAGAUUUUACAAUGUACUGUAUCGAAAACUUCUGGAUCCUGCCAUUAGUGGCUCUUCUCGACAAGCAUCCCUUUUGAAUCUUGUUUAUCGUGCUCUGAAAAAAGAUGUAGCUGUAGUGAGGAUAAAAGCCUUUGUCAAAAGAAUAUUACAAAUUGCUUUGUAUCAAACACCAAAUCUUCAAUGUGCAUUCUUGGUUCUGAUCUCUGAGCUGUGCAAACUGCAUCCUGAUUUAUUAGAUACUAAAGCUUCGAUACUGGAUGACAGUGAUAGUGAGGAGCAUUAUGAAGAUGUACCUGAUGAAGAUGAAAAACCAGUGAUACAAAAUGAGCCAGCAGAUAUUAAACCUAAGACUGAAUCAUCAUGGGUUCAUAAGCAAAAGAAAAGAGGUCAACUGACAUAUGAUCUCAAUGGUCGAGAUGCCCUUCAUGCAGGUGCCGAACAUGCAAGUCCAUGGGAAUUAGUAUUUCUGAAAAACAGCUUUCAUCCAUCAGUUUCUUUGUUUGCUCAUCAGAUAUGCAAUUCAACUGAAAUUAAAUACAGUGGAGAUCCCCUUUUAGACUUCACUAUCACUCGCUUUUUGGACCGAUUUGUUUACCGAAAUCCAAAAAAGCCUUCAGAAAAUUUGAAACUCAGUGCUCAAACAAAAGUAUUUGGGAGUAGGAAAUUGAAAUCUAGUAAUAUGAAAAAAAUACCUAUUAAUGCAUCUGAAUAUUUGCAACAAAAAGCUGAAAAAAUCCCACCAGAAGAAGCAUUUAUUUAUGAAUAUUUGCAUAAUAAAGCAUCUCGUGCAACUAAGAAAAAUGAUUCUGAUAUUGAAAGUAUUUGCAGUGAAGAUUUCGAAAAGUUAUUAGAUGACAUGCAUCCUGAAGAUGACAACAAAUCACUCAAUUUUGCGAAAGAAUUGGGCUUGCACAAAGAGAAAAAAGGUACAAAAAGAAAAAUUGACAGUGGAUCCGAGAAUGAAUCUGAUAUAAACUCUUUAGAGAAUGAAGAUCUGGAGAUUGAUAGUGACUUGGACGAUGAAGUUGAUUUCAAUGAUGAAGAAAUGAAAGAAGCAUUUGGAGAUAUUGAUGAAGAUUUAGCUGAGGCAGAUUUCAAUCAUGGAUCUUUUGGUGGAAUGGAAGACAGUAUUAGAAAACCAUCUAAAAAGAAUAAAAAAGUUAAACAAUUGCCAGAUGAAAAACUCUUAGCAUCUGCUGAAGAAUUUUCUGCAUUGUUAGAAGACAAUGCUGGUGGUAAAGUAGAUACUGUCACUUCAAAUGCUUUCAUUAACAAGGAUAAAUCAGGUGCAAAACAACUUGCUUGGGAAAUGCAAAGAGACAGAUAUGUCAAAGGUCAUAAAUGGAACAAUAAGAAAAAAAAUUUUAGAAAGAAAAAUUUCAGAAAAAAUAUUAAAUCCAAAAGAUAGAAUUUUUAUACAUUGUAAAUAAAAUAUUAUUUUUUGUUUUUC